AUGGUGGAAUCGGUUGCUGCUUUUGCAGAAGAGGAAGUGCAGGGGGCGGCAGCGGUGGCAACAGGGGUGGGGAACGGAAGCCAGGAGGAAAGAGUGGUCAUUGAAAGUGACCUUGGAGGAGAGGCAGGGGGUGAAGAGGAAGAGGAAGCGAAUGAAGGAGAAGGGGCGAACGGAGAAGAAACAAGCGGAGAAACGAGUGGAGAAACGAGUGGAGAAACGAGAGGAGAAGAGAGGAAGAAGCCUGCUCGCGCUAGUGCAUGGGCGCUGGGCAUGCUGAUGGACUGGAAGCGGCAGCAGAAGCAGGAGGAGCAGGCGCAGCCACAGAAGCAGAGCGAUGGUAAACACCUGCUGACAGCAGAAGAAGCUACUACUGCUGAAGCAGCAGCGUCCGUUAAGGCCAAGAGCCAAGAGGCGGAGCUCAGAGGUGUGCUGACGCAGGUGAAAGGGGAGGAGAGCAAACAGGGAGCAACGGACGCUGGGGAUAAGCAAGCGGCGAGAAAGGCUGUCUCGUGCAACACGUGCAACUCGUGCAAGGCGUUUGCUGCCACGGCUGCUGGCGCUACUGGUGCUGGUGAGGUUAACGCGGAGGGAGUGACUCGAGCAGCAGCAGCAGCAGCAGCAGCAGGAGGAGGAGCAACAGGCAAAGCAGCCGUGUGGGUGCAGCAUACGGCGGACUCGCUGCGUCCGUUCCUGCAGCAGGCGUCAGGGGAGGAGCUGUGGCGCGUGUCGCUGCUCGCAUGGCUGUGCGAGAAGGCCUACAGCAUCCCGCGCCUUGACUCCAAGCCGCAUCCACCCAGGAUCCAGUUCACAGGGCAUUCCCUGGGCGGCAGUCUAGCCGCCCUCCUCUCCCUCCUGCUGCACCUCCGCGGGGAGGCCUCCCCGCACCACCUCCUCCCCGUCGCCCUCUUCGGUUCCCCGUCCAUCAUGUGCGGUGGAGACCGCUUGCUAGGUUUGCUGGGCCUGGAGCCUGAAGAGGCGAUGUGGAAUGUGGUGAUGGCUCGGGACUUAGUUCCCCGUGCGUUCACAUGUGAGUAUCCCUCGCAUAUUACCGAGGUUCUGAGGCGCGUGAGUGGGGCUUUAAGGAAGCACCCCUGCUUGCUGUCUCAGAGGCUUGUGUAUGCUCCCAUGGGACAUAUGAUGGUGCUGCAGCCUGACCCUGCCAAGGCCCCUCCGCACCCCCUGCUGCCGCCUGGCACCGCUCUGUACCACUUGGCACACCCGAGUGUGCCGAUACAGUCCCGCCUUGAGCUGCGAGCAGCACAGCUCGCCUUCCUCAACAACCCGCACCCGCUCGAAACCCUCUCCGACCCAGCAGCGUAUGGCACAGACGGCACCAUCAGCCGUGACCAUGACCCUAGGAACUACACCUCCACCCUCACCAGCCUAGCCCUGCAGGCCGUGCGGCGGCUGAGGCAGCAGCGCAAGGAGCGGGUGCGAGAAGAGACCCGGCGGGCGAAGGAGCUGGCGGAAAGGCAGCAGAGGGCGGCGUUUCAGCAGCAGCAGCGGCGGCUGCGGCAGCAGCUGAUGCAGCUGGUGCCGAGGAGACGGAGGUUGGUGUCAAGGAAGAGAAUAGCGAAGCAGCGGAGGGGGGGGAAGCAGGAUGCUGCGGCAGCUGCGUCGGCUUUGGCUGCUGCUGCUGCUGCUGCCUCGGCGUUUCUCGCGUCGGAUGCCGGUAAGGGGAAGUUUGGGCCCAGGAGCAGUUCGGGAUCUCCUGCUUCUUUCCCGUUCUCUUCUUCUGCUGGUUCCUCGUCUGCCUUCUCCUCUGCGCGCUCCUUGCCCCAGGGUGCUGUAACAAUGCACACAGAAGCGGAGGAGGAGGAGGAGGAGGAGGGGGAGGGGGAGCGGGAGGAGGAGUAG